GUGACAAACCCGGAAGUCCAGCCACGUCGUCAGGAGCGCCGUGAAAACAGGAAGCGUUUCAUUCGCUGCACAGCAACCCGAGCCUCAGAGAGCACAAACUACAUCAUGGCCCAGUUUGAGGAAGUAUCCCAGAAGUCCGCGCUGCACCCGAAGCCUGCAGGCCUGGUUCUGCAGUAUGGCACCGCUGGUUUCAGGACCAACGCAAAGAAUCUGGACCACGUCAUGUUCCGCAUGGGACUGCUGGCCACGCUGCGCUCCAAAAACACUAAAGCCACAAUCGGAGUCAUGGUCACUGCAUCACACAACCCCGAGGAGGACAACGGGGUGAAGUUGAUUGACCCUAUGGGUGAGAUGGUGGCCAUGGUAUGGGAGGGCUACGCCACCCAGCUGGCCAACGCAGAGCAGGACGAUUUGCUCCCUGCUCUGAAAGACAUUAUAAAGAGGGAGGCCAUAAAUAUGACCCAGGAGGCCAACGUUUUUGUGGGCAGAGACACCAGGAGCAGCGGUGCCUGUCUGUCACAAGCAGUGCUGGAUGGAGUGUCCACUCUUGACGGUCACAGCAAAGACUAUGGACUGGUGACCACCCCACAGCUCCACUACAUGGUGUGCUGCCAGAACACACAGGGUCAAUAUGGAGAGGCCACAGUGGAGGGAUACUACCGCAAACUGUCCCAAGCUUUCAUUCGGCUCACCAAGAAUGUGCCUAACCGUACAGACGACCAGAAGCACCUCUGUGUGGACGGUGCCAAUGGUAUUGGCGCUCUGAAGGUGCGUGAGAUGGAGCGGCACCUAGAGAGGGAGCUGCAGAUUUCCCUCUUCAACGAUGGCUCCAGUGGGAAGCUCAACCACCAGUGUGGAGCCGACUUUGUCAAAGUGCAACAAAAAGCACCAACAGGUGUUGAGAUGACCGUGGGGGAGCGUUGUUGUUCAUUCGAUGGCGAUGCUGACCGCAUAGUGUACUACUACAGCAGCUCUGCAGGACGAUUUCAUCUGCUGGAUGGAGACAAGAUCGCGACACUCAUCAGCACCUUCCUCAAAGAGCUGCUCACACAGGCUGGGCUGGACCUGAAGAUGGCAGUGGUGCAGACAGCUUAUGCUAACGGCAGCUCAACACAAUAUCUUGAGAACACUAUGAAGGUAAUCAUGAAAUGCACUAAGACUGGAGUCAAGCAUCUUCACCAUGCAGCUCAGGAGUUUGACAUAGGUGUGUACUUCGAGUCCAAUGGUCACGGAACUGUGUUGUUCAGUAAAACAGCUGAGCAGAAGAUCAAGCAGCUCGCCGAGGACUCCACAUCGUCUGACGAGAAGAAGAGAGCCGCCCUCCUUCUGCAGAACACCAUCAACGUCAUCAACCAGACGGUGGGUGAUUCCAUUUCUGAUAUGCUGCUGAUUGAAGCCAUACUAGCCAUCAAGGGGAUGACUGUUCAGCAGUGGGACGCCAUCUACAGUGACCUGCCCAACAGGCAGCUCAAAGUCAGGGUGUCCAACCCCAGGGUGAUCGACACGACGGAUGCAGAGAGGCGGGCGGUGAGCCCAGCAGGACUGCAGGAGGCCAUCGACAGCCUUGUGAAGAAGUACAGACAGGCCCGGUCCUUUGUGAGACCCUCUGGGACGGAGGAUGUGGUCAGAGUGUACGCCGAGGCAGAAACCCAGGAGAGUGCUGACGCCCUGGCACAUGAAGUCAGCCUGGCAGUGUAUCGCCUUGCAGGGGGAGUUGGGGACGAACCCAAACCGCUGCACUAGAGAAACAAACUCAUACAUUCAGUCUAUGCAAUAUAUUGAACAAUCCAGUGUUUUCUUAAAUGUGAUGCCAAUUAAUAACAUAAUUUAAAGCCAUGAUUGAUCGACAUUGCCUUUUUUGGGUGCCACAUUAUUUUUUACUGUAAAUUACUCUUCGUACUCUACUGUAGUUUUCUAUGUUGUUUUGUUUGUUUGUUUUUCUCUGUCAUUGUGAAGAAAGGGGAUAUAUUAGGGGACAAAUAAAAGUAGCCUCACUAAUGCCACACUUGGCUUAUUAUUGUUUUCAAGACACCUAACAAUGCUACUGCAGUAUGCCUGUAAAAUACGUCUAAUUAUGUAACUGAGCUAUAUAUUAAUGAAGAAAAUCCAUUACAGACAAAUAGUAAUGUGGUUGACAAUGAACUUUUUUCAUCAGUUGGUAAAUGUUUUUGGUUCUAUGAAAUGGUGAACUGUAAAUUUAAACAGGGGCAAUACAGUCAAUGUGGAAAGAUUGUGCUGCUAUGGUUUAUAACCAAUAGAUAAAUAAAAGAAAACAGGAAAAAGAGUUUUUUUACUACUUUUUUUUUUUUUUACUAUGCAUAAACCUUUAUAACUGUUAUAACUUGAAUUAAAUGAAGACC